CAUCAUUUUCUCACACAAAGGAAGACUUUUUGAAUUCACUAGCUCCAACAUGCAGAAGACAAUUGCGAGAUACCGUGCACGUGCAAGAGAAACAACGAUGGUGGACGACAGCACUGAAUUUGAGCACUACAUGGAGCAAAUUAUUUGAUACAAUGAUGAGAAGAAAAGAGUGGUAGAGUAACAAGAAGCAGUUAUAGCAGUGCAGAGAAAUUGAAAAUCAGCUAUUAUUGUGCAGUUACAAAAUUUGUUACUACUAUUUUGUUCACAAAGUUAGUUACUUAGUUGUUAGAUAGUUAGUUGUUAAGUUGUUAAGUGUAACUGAUUUUAGCUAGGUGAGCACUAUAUAUAGUUGAUGUAUUCAUUUGUAACAUUCAUUCAGAUAAUACAAUUCAUUCAAUUUCUCCCUAAAUUCUUCUUCUCUGAUUUUUCUCGGCUAAAGUCCUGAUUUCAGCCUCAUCUUCUUCGAGUAUUUUACUCCUAGAUUAAUAAGUCCCACUUCAAUUACUUGCUAUUGUAUCAAUUGUUAUCAGAGCCACUAAUUCUCAGCUCAAUCAAUCAUGGUAGUUCGCAAUAAAAACCCAAAUAAAUCAAAUGAAGAAAUGGAAGGCAAGCUUUCUAUGAUACAGGAUCAAUUGCAGAAGUUAAUGGAGGGAAUGUCGAGCAUUUAUGAGCGAAACAUCAAAGCUGAUAAGGAGCUUUUAGGGAUCAAGAAAACCCUUGGAUCCAUGGUAUCGAAGGAAAAAGAUAAGGAUCAAGAAAGAGUUGAAUCUUCAACUAUCAAAAGUUUCCCAGUAGGUAUGCAGCCUUAAGGAAGGAAUAAGGAAUUCCAUGGAAUUGGAUGGACAAUUCUUUACUCGAUAUUCUAAGCUAGAAUUCCCUCAUUUUUCUGGUUGUGAUUUGUGUACUUGGUUGUAUAAAGUUGAUCAAGUUUUUUCAAUGGAAGAAAUUCCCUUUGAACAAAGGGUUAAAGUAGCCUCAAUUCAUUUAGAUGGUGAUGCUAUUGCUUGGCAUAGAGCAUAUAUGAAUUCUCCACCCUCCUCUAAUGAUAUCUCAUGGACUGAUUAUGUUUUAACGUUGAAUGAGAGGUUUGGGGAUGGAUUUGAGGAUCCAAUGGAAGCAUUGAAAAACCUCAGGCAAACUGGUAGUGUUAAGGCUUACCAGGCUGAAUUUGAUAGAUUGUUAACUGCAAUUAAUCUUUCAAAUGAGAAUGCUAUAAGUUGUUAUCUGGGUGGGUUGAAACCUGAGUUGAAUAGGGUAGUUAAGAUUCAAGCACCAAAAACAUUAUCACAGGUCUAUAAAAUUUCUAGGUUGCAGGAAGAGGUCUUUGAAGCACAAGCUAGUUCUUAGGGAUUAAAGGCAAUACAAAAAGUGGGUAUUGCCAUUCUACCCAAUCCACCUUCUUUUAAAACCAAUAACCAUCGAAAAAAUACCUACCAGCUUGCUAUAUCCAAACCAAAUAAAUUCAGAUGAUUGACUACUGCAGAAAUGGAUGCUAAAAGGGCUAAAGGCUAGUGUUUCUUUUAUGACGACAAGUAUGUUAUUGGCCACAAUUGUAGAGCCAAUAAGCAAUUGUUCAUGGUGGAGUUAGUAAAUGAGAAUGCAACCUUAGAAUAGAAAGGCGAUGAGGUAUUGGAAGAAGGUAUUCAGUGUACCCAAGAUAUUGAUGAACUCACGACUAUUUUUAUAUAGGAUUUCACAGAUGUCAAUGAUUAUCAAACUAUUAGGGUAACUGGCUAUUAUGAUAAGAGGCCCUUGCAGGUCUUAAUUGACACUGGGAGCACCCACAACUUCAUAGAUCAGGAAAUGGCUAGGAAGCUAGGGUGCAAGGCUUGUGAUAUUUCUGUGCAGUCUGUUAGUGUAGCUGAUGACAGGCAGGUGCAAAUUACUUCUGUUUGUAAGAACUUGCAGUGGUUACUUUAAGGUACUACUUUUGCAUCUGACUUUCUGUUGUUGCCAUUGGGCAAUGUGGAUAUUGUAUUGGGUGUGCAGUGGCUAAAUACUCUUGGUAGAAUUCUUUUUGACUUCAAAAAUAGGACUAUAGAGUUCAAAUACCAAGAGAAGAAACAUGUGUUGAGAGGAGCAACUAGUCAGCUCAACUCUUCAAAAGCUAGUUCCUUACUCAAAGGUGGAGAGCUCGAGGCUCAGUUCUAUAUGAUGGAUAUCAUUGAUGUUGUAGUUUCUGAUACUUAUUACUACAACAUUUAGGCUACACAAGGUACUGAGAUACAUCUUGUAUUAUCUGCCCUAGUACAUCAGUUUUCUAUCAUUUUUGAACCCCCAACUACAUUACCACCUCAUAGAGAUUCUUUUGACCAUAGAAUACCUCUUAUAGACUCUGCAAUUCCAGUCAAUAAAAGACCGUGUAGAUAUCCUGGUGUGAAGAAGGACAUUAUUGAAAAGUUGGUUCAGGAAAUGCUUGAUCAAGGAGUAAUUCAGCAUAGUACUAGUACCUAUGCUUUUCCUGUGGUGUUAGUUAGGAAGAGAGAUGGUACAUGGAGAUAUGUGUAGAUUAUAGAGAGUUAAAUCAGUUGACAAUCAAAGACAAAUUUCCUAUUCCUAUUAUUGAAGAUUUGUUGGAUGAAUUAUGUGGUGCAUCUGUGUUUUCAAAAAUUGACUUGAGAGCUGGAUAUCACCAGCUUAGAAUGCUUGAUAGUGACACAUACAAGACAACCUUUAAAACUCAUGAUGGACAUUAGGAAUUUUUAGUAAUGCCCUUUGGUUUAACCAAUGCUCUUUCUUCCUUCCAGAGCUUAAUGAAUGCUAUUUUCAAGCCCUUAUUAAGAAAGUCUGUGCUGGUUUUCUUUGAUGAUAUCUUAAUCCUUAGCAAGUAUAUGUCAUCUCAUAUUACUGAUGUUAAGGAGGUGUUUGAGCUUAUGGUUCACCAUCAGUUGUAUGCCAAAAUGUCCAAGUGUGCUUUUGGAGUUUCUACUAUUGAAUACUUAGGCCAUGUAAUUAGUGCACAAGGUGUAGCAACAGAUCCUAAGAAGAUACAGGCUGUUCAACAAUGGCCUAUUCCCAGGACUCUUAAACAACUGAGGGGUUUUAUUGGUUUAGCAAGGUUUUGGUGCUAUUUGCAGACCAUUGCAAGACCUUCUCAAGAAGAAAGGGUUUUUAUGGACUGAUGAUGCUACAAGAGCAUUUUAGGAGCUUAAAAGUGCCUUGGUCUCUACUCCUAUUUUAGCUAUGCCUGAUUAUGCUUUAACUUUGUGGUAGAAACAGAUGCUAGUGGUGAAGGUAUUGGAGCUGUGUUGAUGUAAGAAGGGCAUCCACUUGCUUACAUUAGCAAAUCUCUAGCACCUAAACAUCAGGCUAUGAGUGUUUAUGAUAGAGAGCUAUUGGCUUUGCUAUUUGUUAUCUCUAAAUGGUCUCACCAUUUGUUAGGAAGAAGGUUUAUUGUCAAUACUGAUCAGAAAGCACUCAAAUACUUACUGAAUCAGUCUAUUCACCCUGACUUUCAAGUGGCUUGCAUAUCUAAGGUAAUGACAUUUGAUUUUUGUAUUGAGUAUAAGAAAGGGGUGGAAAAUAAAGUUGCUGAUGCUUUAUCCAGGAAACCUGAUACUGAGCUGUUAGCAAUCUCUGUGUUAGGUCCUCAGGGUUUUUUAUUGGAUAGAAUUAGGCAUUCUUGGACCACUGAUCAACACUUACAGGAUAUCAUUGCUAGAGUUCAGCUUUCACCUUAUAAAUCUUUCACUUUUCUUAACAAUCAGUUGAGGUGGAAGGAAAGGUUAGUGGUUGGUAAUGAUGAGCAGCUCAAGAAAGAUAUUAUCUCCCUAUGGCAUAACUCUACUCAAGGGGGGCAUUUUGGCAUGGAUGCCACUAUUAAAAGGCUCCAAUCUUUGUUCUAUUGGAAAGACUUGAUACAUGACACCAGAAACUUUAUUAAUAGAUGUGUUAUUUACCAAAGGCACAAAUAUGAUAUGACUGCAAAUCUAGGUCUGCUACAACCUUUACCUGUUCCUGAUGGUGUUUGGACAGAUAUUUAUUUGGAUUUUGUUGAAGGGUUGCCUAAAUCCAAAGGGAAUGAGGUGAUUUUAGUGGUAGUAGAUAGACUGAGCAAGUAUGGUCAUUUUUUGCCCUUAGCAUAUCCAUACACAGCUCAGUCAGUUGCUCAAUAUUUCCUUGACAAUAUCUUCAAACUGCAUGGUAUGCCCAACAUACUAACAAGUGAUAGAGAUCCUAUCUUCCAUAGUGAUUUUUGGGAAGAAUUAUUCAGUUUACAAGGGGUUCAGUUGCAGAGAUCUACUGCAUACCAUCCUCAAACUGAUGGUCAAACAGAGGUGUUGAAUAGAACUAUGGAGACAAUACUUAAGGUGUUUUUGAUCUGACAAUCCUAAGGAUUGGUGCUCUUACUUGCCAUUAGCUGAAUGGUGGUAUAACACCACCUAUCACACUACUAUUAGGUGCAUACCUUAUGAAGCUUUAUAUGGUCAAAAAUCUCUCAGUUAUCUUCCCUACUUGGCUGUUGAGGCUUCCACUGAGAUGGUUGAUAGAUCCUUGGCUGUUAGAGAAGCUAUUAUAGAGUUGUUAAGGUUCCAUAUGCAAAGGGCUCAGCAAAGGAUGAAAGACAUUGUUGAUAAACACAGGUCAGAGAGAUUGUUUGAGAUUGGUGGUUGGGUCUACUUGAAACUUCAACCCUAUAGACAGGUGUCCUUGGCUGCGAGAACCUUUCCUAAGCUAGCUACUAAGUAUUAUGGCCCCUAUGUUCAUGCCAUGUUUGGUGCAGUAGCUUAUAGGUUAUUUCUUCCCUCUGAUGUUCUCAUUCACCCAGUCUUUCAUGUUUCUUAAUUAAAGAGGUGUCAUGAAGUUCCUUCCAGAAUCCACCACCCUCCUGUUAUUUAGCUAUCAAGUCUAUAUGUCCUCAACCUAAAGCUAUUCUAGAUAGAAGGUUGUUAAGAGAGGUAAUAGAGCUGUUGGUCAAGUUCUGGUGAAGUGGUCAGACAUUGAGGAUACACAAGCUACUUGGGAAAUUGAGUCUGGAUUGAUGCAUAGGUUCCCUACAUUUCAUCCUUGAGGUCAAGGAUCUACUUUAGGAGAGGGUAUUAAUACAAUGAUGAGAAGAAAAGAGUGAUAGAGUAACAAGAAGCAGUUGCAGCAGUGCAUAGAAAUUGAAAACCAGUAAUUACUGUGUAGUUACAAAAUUAGUUAUUACUAUUCUGUUCACAAAGUUAGUUAGUUGUUAGAUAGUUAGUUGUUAAGCUGUUAAGUGUAACUGAUCUUAGCUAGGUGAGCACUAUAAAUAGUUGAUGUAUUCAUUUGUAACAUUCAUUCAGAUAAUACAAUUCAUUCAAUUUCUCCCUAAAUUCUUCCUCUCUGAUUUUUCUCGGCUAAAGCCCUGAUUUCAGCCUCAUCUUCUUCGAGUAUUUUACUCGUAGAUUAACAAGUCCCACUUCUAUUACUUGCUAUUGUAUCAUUAUUGAACCCAAAAAAUAUUUUCUUUUUUCACCCCUUUCUAAGAGCUCCCACCCUUUUUGCUCCUUAGCGACUCGAACUCACAACCAUUCAAAUAACUCUCUUUUGUCCUUGUGAAUACAUACUUGGUUUUGAAACUCCAGCAAUUUUUUGGACCUCAUGAAUCAUUUUUUGGUUUUGAUUUUCUAAAGGAUUUCGUUGUGUAUGUAUUCUACUGAAAGCUUUAUUGAUCAUCCAACCUCCAUAAUUCUCUAUCUAUGUCUCUAAAGAAUAAAUCUAAGUGUUAUGGUAUAUUAGCAAUAUCUCUUAAUUGAUACUAGGGUAUCUCAUGAUUGAUCUUUCAUAUAUCAAUAUCUCAUCAGUGAUUUAGUUUCUAUUUAGGAGAAGAUUACAAUUCUUUAUUACUUGAUUCUUUACUUAUUUGGCUUGUGCUCUCUUGUAUAUAUACACACACAUCAAUAAAAUUAACAUACUUCUUUCCAGCAGUAAAAUUCAUAUGGUAUCAAGAGCCUAAAAGCUUCAUAGCAUUUUUUUCCUCCCUGAGAAUUUGUGUUUUUUUUCCUCUGCCAAGACAAUGGCUCCAAGCAAUACCUCCACUGAGAACACCUCCAAACAAUUCCUCCAUUGAGAACACUUCCACCACACCUUCUCAUGUGGUUGCACCAAGUUCUCCCACAAUUCUCACUAUGAAUAACAAUGAGCAGUUGAUCAGUAUCAACGUUGUUGGUCAGACACCUCUAAAGCUCAACAAUGGGAACUACUAGUCAUGAAAAUACUAGUGUGAAACUAUCCUUACUGCAUAUGACUUUCUUCACUUUGUUGAACAACCACUCCUUUUCAUAAAAGGAAAGACCAUCUCAUCAGAAGUACCAUUGUUGCCUCUCUAUCUUCUAAUAUUAUUCCUUUUACUGUUGAUGCCAAGUCUUCCUAUGCUCUCUGGCAAAAUCUGGCAGCAACCUAUG